AUGGAGGAGAAACUGCAGCUGGAAAUUAAAGAGGAGAGCUUUAUAGAUGAGGCAGAUUAUGAUUCAGGAAACAAGUGCAAUCAAGAGAAGAAACAGGGCCUUUCCACAUUGUCUUUAUCAAGUGCUAUUGACCCUGGCUUCACAUUCAAACCCUGCAUAGCCCUUACAACUGAGGAGAGAAGUGAGAGAUUCAGCAAGAAGUGCAUGGAUAACAAGUGCAGGAAGGGAAAGCUUUCUUGGAGGAGUGGAAAUUUACAACAAUCAGUUCAGCAUGUUAAAAGAAGGCUUCAGUUUGUUCCUGUGCUCAGGAGAAGCGAUGCAACAACUCUGCACUAUUAA